AUGACUUUCCGCGACCUCCUGAGCGUCAGUUUCGAGGGACCCCGCCCUGACAGCAGCGCGGGGGGCUCUAGCGCGGGCGGCGGCGGGGGCGGAGCGGGCGGCGCGGCCGCCUCGGAGGGCCCGGCAGUGGGCGGCGUGCCGGGAGCCGCGGGCGGCGGCGGCGGCGGCGUGGUGGGCGCGGGCGGCGGCGAGGACAACCGGAGCUCCGCCGGGGAGCCGGGGGGCGCGGGCGCGGGCGGCGAGGUGAACGGCACGGCGGCCGUCGGGGGGCUGGUGGUGAGCGCGCAGGGCGUGGGCGUGGGCGUCUUCCUGGCCGCCUUCAUCCUCACAGCGGUGGCGGGCAACCUGCUGGUGAUCCUCUCCGUGGCCUGCAACCGCCACUUGCAGACGGUCACCAACUAUUUUAUUGUGAACCUGGCCGUGGCCGACCUGCUGCUGAGCGCCACGGUGCUGCCCUUUUCGGCCACCAUGGAGGUUCUGGGCUUCUGGGCCUUCGGCCGGGCCUUCUGCGACGUGUGGGCCGCUGUGGACGUGCUGUGCUGCACGGCCUCCAUCCUCAGCCUCUGCACCAUCUCGGUGGACCGCUACGUGGGCGUGCGCCACUCGCUCAAAUACCCCGCCAUCAUGACCGAGCGCAAGGCGGCAGCCAUCCUGGCACUGCUCUGGGCCGUAGCCCUCGUGGUGUCCGUGGGUCCGCUGCUGGGCUGGAAGGAGCCGGUGCCCCCUGACGAGCGCUUCUGCGGCAUCACGGAGGAGGCAGGCUACGCCGUCUUUUCCUCGGUGUGUUCCUUCUACCUGCCGAUGGCCGUCAUCGUGGUCAUGUACUGCCGCGUGUACGUGGUAGCGCGAAGCACCACGCGCAGCCUCGAGGCGGGCGUCAAGCGGGAGCGCAGCAAGGCCUCGGAGGUGGUGCUGCGCAUCCACUGUCGCGGAGCCAGCACAGGCGCCGCCGAUGGGGUGCGCAGUGCCAAGGGCCACACCUUCCGCAGCUCCCUGUCCCUGCGCCUGCUCAAGUUCUCCCGCGAGAAGAAGGCGGCCAAGACGCUGGCCAUCGUCGUGGGCGUCUUCGUGCUCUGCUGGUUCCCCUUCUUCUUCGUCCUGCCGCUUGGCUCCCUGUUCCCGCAGCUGAAGCCGUCGGAGGGCGUCUUCAAGGUCAUCUUCUGGCUGGGCUACUUCAACAGCUGCGUGAACCCGCUCAUCUACCCGUGCUCCAGCCGUGAGUUCAAGCGUGCCUUCCUCCGCCUGCUGCGCUGUCAGUGCCGGCGUCGCCGGCGCCGCCGUCCCCUCUGGCGCGUCUACGGCCACCACUGGCGGGGCUCGACCGGCGGCCCGCUCCCCGACUUCGCUCCCGGCCGCGACGCCGCGCCUCCUGGGGCCCCGCUGGCCCUCACUGCGCCCUCGGCCCCCGGCUCCCCUGGCACGCCCGAGGCGCAGGCUCCUGUGGCCGGUCGUCGAAAGCCGCCCUGCGCCUUCCGCGAGUGGAGGCUGCUCGGGCCGUUCCGGAGACCCACCACCCAGCUGCGCGCCAAGGUCUCCAGCCUGUCGCACAAGAUCCGCGCCGGGAGCGCGCAGCGCGCAGAGGCCGCCGGCACCCUGCGGGCGGAGGUGGAGGCCGUGUCCCUGGGAGUCCCCCACGACGUGGCCGAGGGCGCCACCUGCCAGGCCUACGAACUGGCCGACUACAGCAACCUCCGGGAGACUGAUAUUUAG